AAGAUGGCAACUGAUUCUUUAGACCCCUCUGCAACUGGAGCUGGCUGCAGACCGUGUCGACUUUGCGAAGUGGCAACGGGUUCUUCUCUAGCUGCAUCUGCACCGCACGCGUUUGACAGUACCUCGGUCCACGCGUUUAUUACGUAACAGGAACGCAAGGGCAAACUUUUGGUGACAUUUUUACGCACAGAUUCCCAGUUUGCACAAGUAGACGACCAUAUCGCUGCUCUCCUACUACUUCAACCGUGCGAUAUUCAGCAAAAGAAAAAAGAAAGAAAAAAUCAAAGCGCCAUGAUGCAAGUUUAUAUAGCUGUGGCAUUCGCUUACGGAGUGUGGGCACUCAAUAUGACAGAGGAGAAGAGGACAUGCCCACUAGGAUAUUUCCCCUGUGGGAACCUGACCUUUUGUCUCCCCCAGCUCAUGCACUGCAACGGUAUCGAUGACUGUGGAAAUCAAGCAGAUGAGGAGAACUGCGGGGAUAAUAAUGGAUGGCCCCAUCUUUUUGACAAGUAUUUUGGAAUGCCGAGUCAUAACGCCAGGACCAAGUCCAAUGUAUGCUUGCUUGGUGUGGUUCCUGAGCUCUGCCAGUGCCGAGACCUGGAGCUCGACUGUGACGGGGCUCAUUUUCAAGAUAUCCCAGUGGUAGCAAUGAAUGUCACUAUGAUGUCCCUACAAAGGAAUGGGCUUCAGAAACUUAGAGCGAACACAUUCUUUAAGUACCAGAGCCUGCAGAAACUAUAUCUCCAGCACAACAAGAUUCAAGAUGUGAGUCCUGAUGCAUUUAGAGGGCUGUAUAACCUGACAAGACUAUAUCUGAGCAACAACAGGAUAUCAGUUUUGAUGCCGGGGGUGUUCAGGGAUCUGCACAAACUGGAGUGGCUGAUUCUUGAAAAUAACAGCAUCCAUCAAAUAUCCUCCACGACCUUUUCAGGACUGAACUCCCUUGUUCUAUUGGUUUUGUUGAACAACUCUUUGACAAAGCUGGAUGACAUCUGUCGAGAAAUGCCCAGACUAAAUUGGCUCGACCUGGAAGGAAAUCUCAUUGAAGUGAUUGGCAAUGCCUCAUUCAGCUCAUGCACCAUGCUGACAGUUCUGGUUCUGCAGCGAAAUAGGAUCAGCUACGUACAUGAACAGGCUUUCUCAGUCCUGCAAAAGCUUGGAGAAUUGGAUCUAUCCAGAAACAGACUGGCGGCAAUCCCUCCGAAUCUCUUUGUCUUACUUGAGGAUUUGCUCCAGCUAAAUAUAUCGUACAAUCCCAUCAUGGAGCUGCAAGUUGACCACUUUGAUAAGUUACAUAAGUUAAAAUCAUUGAGCAUAGAAGGAAUAGAAAUUGGAAACAUUCAGCGAAGGAUGUUUGAACCUCUCAAAUACUUGACUCAUAUCUACUUCAAGAAAUUCCAGUACUGUGGCUAUGCUCCUCAUGUGCGUAGUUGUAAGCCCAACACUGAUGGAAUCUCAUCCUUUGAGAACCUACUGGCCAAUAUUGUGCUGAGGGUCUUCGUCUGGGUCGUGUCUGCUACCACCUGCUUCGGCAAUAUCUUCGUCAUCUGCAUGCGGUCGUACAUUCGCUCAGAGAACAAACUACAUGCCAUGUGCAUCAUCUCCCUCUGCUGUGCAGAUGGGUUGAUGGGCAUCUACCUCUUCAUGAUCGGUGCAUAUGACCUAAAGUUUCGAGGCGAGUACAACCGGCACGCCCAGGCGUGGAUGGAUAGCAGCCAGUGUCAGGUCAUUGGCUCUUUGGCCAUGCUGUCCACUGAAGUAUCCGUCCUGCUCCUUACAUAUCUCACGCUGGAGAAAUACAUCUGCAUAGUCUACCCUUUCCAGUACUUGACUCCCGGCUGGCGACGAACUGUCACCAUCCUUCUUGGGAUAUGGGUGUUUGGUUUUAUUAUUGCCUUCCUCCCACUGGUUUGCAAGGGGUUGUUUCGCAACUUUUACGGGACCAAUGGUGUCUGCUUUCCGCUGCACUCUGAGCAACCAGAAACUCUAUGGGCUCACGUUUACUCCAUCGUUAUAUUCCUGGGUCUUAACCUGGUGGCAUUCCUCAUCAUUGUCCUCUCCUAUGCAAGUAUGUUUUAUAACAUCCAGAGAACAGGCACUCAGACCACUAAAUACAGCAACCACAUCAAAAAAGAGGUGACCAUUGCCAAAAGGUUCUUCUCUAUCGUCAUUACUGACUCCCUCUGCUGGAUCCCCAUUUUCAUCCUCAAGAUCCUCUCACUGCUGCAGGUGGAGAUUCCCGGUACUAUCAGCUCCUGGGUAGUCAUAUUUAUUCUCCCCAUCAACAGCGCACUUAACCCCAUCCUUUACACACUAACAACACGGCCUUUCAAAGAGACUAUUGUGCAGGUGUGGGCUAACUACAGGCAAAGGAGGCCCCUCCUUAGCAGACACCCAGCUCAUCAUCCAUCACUCACUUGGCAGGAAAUGUGGCCCCUGCAGGAAAACAGCCAUAGUGUCAGCGUGGGGCAGGAAUUCGAAGCAAAUGGCACGAAACCCAAGCUCACGCCUGUGGAAAAUACCAAUGAGGGGUACAAUGACAUUACAGCAUCAACCAGAAAACAGGAAACACAACAUACAGUGCUGUCAGUAUGUCCUAAGACUGAAACACCACCACACACACACAUUCACACAGGCACGCAAACAAAUUAACUUAUGUAACUGUCUAAUGGUAGAGGUACAUAUACAUGUUUGUAUCGUCAACAAAACCUCACGUCAGUCAACUCAGUUUCAUUCAAGUUCAUUCAUCUCAGCAGUUCAUAUUUACCCUCAGUUUAGUCACUUGUUAGUGUUUACAUUCUUUGCAGUUUUAAAGGAUUAGUUACGGUAUUUUUGUUUUGUCUUUUUUUUUUCCCCAAAAAAUUUAACAGUGCAUGACCGUCAAUGGUAACAGCCAUCACAGCAGAUAGGGGGACCUGUUUCAUAAAAGAAUUUCUGCUCCCUUUGAAUCCUGUUAAUGCAAGGCAAGUACAAUUUAGGCAACCUAAUAUGUUAUCAGUGACAAAAGGCUAAUAAUAAUAAUAACUAUGGACUAAUAUGCAAACUGAAUCACUCCCAUUCAAUUCACCCACAAUUAAUGGGUGAGACCCACUGAAUAUCCCAUAGGAUUAAAAAGAGUACUAACAUUUAGGAAAUUAAUAGAUGGGGCAAUGAAGGACCUCAUAAUUAUGACCUAAUGGCAGAAGCUGGAAAAACAAGGGGAUGAUUGGUACAAUUAGAUGUAAAUUUUGGAUUUGGUAAAUGGACUGAUUCUUAUAUAGCGCUUUUCUACUCUACCGGAGUACUCAAAGCGCUCUAUACAACAUGACACAUUCCCCCAAUCUCACCCAUUCUCUAAACUGAGUGCUUUCUAACUACAGUCACACUCCAAUUGAUGCAUCAGAGAGCAACUUGGAGUUAGAAUCUUGCCCAAGAAUACUUGGCAUGCAGACUGGAGGAGCCAGGGAUCGAACCACCAAUCUUCCAAUCAGUCGAUGACCUGUUCUACCUCCUGAGCUACAGCCACCCGUUUGAUAUUUUUUUUAUUAUUUAUUUUUGGGACGUUUUUGUGACAUUGCAAACAAGAGUAGUUGAGAGAAUCAGGAAAUGCAUAGGAUGACCGUAAGGGAAUGAGUGGGAUUUCAGCCGCUCAGGGCCACUGAGAUCCAGUCGUUUGACUAGGAUGGCUUUAUUUAUUUAUUUAUUUUAAUAUGUAGGUGAGUAUCAGCUGAAACAGGGAGCAAAUGUCUGCAUUCUGUAUGUGGACAUUUGACAGAAAAAACUUUAAUUUUUUAUUUUUAUUAUCAAGAACUCGACAACAAAAGAGACUGUUAAGACAAAAAACCAGUAUUGCAUGACUAUUAGAAUACAAGGCUUGCUUUACCUCAUUUCUUAAUUGACAUUUAUACACAAAUAACUGUCACCAGCUUACCUGUAUACACUUAUUUGUCACCUCUGUGGCUAAAACUGCUCUCUACCAUUCAAAAAAAUAUGCCCAGCUGGAAAUUAUUAAAACUUUUAUUAUUUACAAACUUUAGCUUCCAGAAAGUUGAAAAGAAUGGAGAGAUAUUUUAACACACUGGUUAUUCUGAUCGUGUCCUUGGAGUAAUAAAAGCUUAUAGCACUUUUCUUUCCCUACAGCAAAUUAUUUUCUUUGAGUAAAGAUAAGGAACUAUACAUAGAGUAUAGUACAGUAUAUGUCUGUCACAUUAUGACCAACUAUCUGCCUCAUUCAAGAUUUAUCUUGGUUAAGACCCAUUGGCAUGCCACACAUUUCUAAAGUGUAGCUAGCUCGUCGUUAUUAUGCAUCUCGAUACCUUUUCCCCUCAGGUCUAAGGUGCCAGUGACAACUAAGAAAGAUACUCCAUACACCACAAGUUUUUUCAGAGUUGCAUCCACCUUUGAGCCAUCUCUUGUGAUGAGAAUCUGUUGGACUGCAAAUAAAUGAGAUGAAAAUAAACCUGCAUCCUUGAUUUGCUCAGAUGAAACAGGGGAUGAGUAUUCCAAGCAUAUUCACUGAGUGUUGCAGUCCUUUUGUUAUUUUCUUGGCUCAAGUAGGCCACUCAUGCAGCGAUGAGUGGCUUGUGAUGCAAUGUGAAUUUGAUAGUCCCCAUACGUGUGUGAUAUAUAUAUAUAUAUAUAUAUAUAUAUAUAUAUAUAUAUAUAUAUAUAAAUAAAAA